UUCUUUGCUGUUGCGGAACGAUACCGGAAGAUUGUCUCAGUGUGCUCGAGGGACUCCCUUCAUAGAUGCCCGACUGGAGAGCAGCUCGUCUUCCAAUGUCUCGACAAUGGACACCCAAAACAAGAGGGAACAAACUUCAUCCACUUGACUCGGCUGUAUACGGGUAUGGACUUCCGCUUAAGAACCCAGAAGCUUUGCGAGAUCAUGAGGGAUCAUGGAACCUACACGCUGAUCAGGGAAUGGCGUAUAUGCGUUUUGAUGGAAGGAGAGGCCCAGUAUGCACAGGGUGCAGCGAAUGAUGUCGAUUACUAUUACUUAGGUCUAUUAGGUAGAGAUAUAACUGCGAGUCGAGUAUUACCUCGCAUCAGCGCCACCAGGAUCAGAAAUAUGCUGCAGCAUACGUCUGCAAUGGUCCGCAAGUUUGGCUUUGGCGCUCCUAUGUCACUGUCCGUUUCUUUCUGCCACUAG